GGCGCUGGACGCCUAAGUCACUCGCGCCGUUGGCGGCCCCUGCCUUUCGGGCUGCGUCGCGGAAGCGCCCACCGGUCUGGAAGGUCCCCGGGAGGCGGGUCCUUCGAGAGGCUCGGCGCUGAGUCUGGGUAGGGCCAGGUGGUUGCCCGUCCACCUGGAGCGGGACUUGGGCUCCGCCGCUCAUCUCCGCCCGUGAGGGGAUGCAGCUCCUGGCAAGUGAAUUAUACUUUAGUGUACUACAGGUUGUAUACUACGGAUGGGAGCUGUCAAAGUUUAUAAUGUCAAAAACUUUUCUUAGACCAAAGGUAUCUUCCACAAAGGUAACAGACUGGGUAGACCCAUCAUUUGAUGAUUUUUCAGAGAAUACAGGCAUUUCUACUAUUACUGCCACAUCGUUUGGUCUGAAUAACUCAAGUCAUAGAAAAAAAAAUGUGCCUUCCACAUUAGAAAGUAGCAAAUUUCCAGCUAGGAAGAGAGGAAAGCUGUCUUCCUCAGAACGGAUUUAUGGUCUAGAAAAUUCAAAAGAAUAUCUGCCUGAAAAUGAACCAUGGGUGGAUAAAUACAAACCAGAAACUCAGCAUGAACUUGCUGUGCAUAAAAAGAAAAUUGAAGAGGUUGAAACCUGGUUAAAAGCUGAAGUCUUAGAAAGGCAACCAAAACAGGGUGGAUCUAUUUUAUUAAUAACAGGUCCUCCUGGAUGUGGAAAAACAACGACUAUAAAAAUAUUAUCAAAGGAGCAUGGUAUUCAAGUACAGGAGUGGAUUAAUCCAAUUUUACCAGACUUCCAAAAAGAUGAUUUCAGAGAGAUAUUUAAUCCUGAAUCAAGCUUCCAUGUAUUUCCCUAUCAGUCUCAGAUAGCAGUUUUUAAAGAGUUUCUACUAAGAGCAACAAAAUAUAACAAACUACAAAUGCUUGGAGAUGAUCUGAGAACUGAUAAGAAGAUAAUUCUGGUUGAAGAUUUACCUAACCAGUUUUAUCGAGAUUCUCGUACUUUACAUGAAGUUCUAAGGAAGUAUGUGCAGAUGGGUCGAUGUCCUCUAGUAUUUAUAGUCUCCGACAGUCUCAGUGGAGACAGCAAUCAAAGGCUGCUAUUUCCCAAAGAGAUUCAGGAAGAGUGUGCUAUAUCAAGCAUUAGUUUCAACCCUGUGGCACCAACAAUUAUGAUGAAAUUUCUUAAUCGAAUAGUGACAAGAGAAACUAAUAAGAAUGGAGGAAAUGUCAUCGUCCCUGAUAAAGCUUUCCUCGAGGUGCUCUGUCAGGGGUGCUCUGGCGACAUCAGAAGCGCAAUCAACAGCCUCCAGUUUUCUUCAAAAGGCGAGAACAGUUUAUGGCAAAGGAAAAAAGGAAUGUUUUCAUUAAAAUCAGAUGCUGCGCUGUCAAAAUCAAAACAAAGAAAAAGACCUGAUCAAGUUUCUGAAAGUCAAGAGGCCCAAGCUGUUGGUGGCAAAGAUGUCUCUCUCUUUCUCUUCAGAGCUUUGGGGAAAAUACUGUAUUGCAAAAGGGCAUCUUUAACAGGGUUAGACUCGCCUCGCCUGCCUCGGCAUUUGUCGGAGCAUGAACGGGAUGCGUUGCUUGUCCAGCCUGAGGAAGUCGUAGAAAUGUCACACAUGCCAGGAGAGUUAUUUAAUUUAUAUCUUCACCAGAACUACGUGGAUUUCUUCGUGGAGAUGGAUGACCUUGUGAGAGCCAGUGAAUUUCUGAGUUUUGCAGAUACCCUCAGUGGCAACUGGAAUACACGCUCUCUACUCAGGGAAUAUAGCACGUCUAUAGCCACGAGAGGCGUGAUGCAUUCCAACAGAGCCCGAGGCUUUGCUCAUUGCCAAGGAGGAGCAUCAACUUUUCGACCUUUGCACAAACCCCAGUGGUUUCUAAUAAAUAAAAAGUAUCGGGAAAAUUGCCUGACAGCAAAAGCACUUUUUUCUGACUUCUGCUUACCAGCUUUGUGCCUCCAAACUCAGCUGUUGCCAUACCUUGCUUUGUUAACCAUUCCAAUGAGAAAUCAAGCUCAGAUUUCUUUUAUCCAAGAUAUUGGAAGGCUUCCUCUGAAGCGACACUUUGGAAGAUUGAAAAUGGAAGCCCUGAUGGACAGGGAGCCUGCAAUGAUAGGUGCCGACAGUGGAGAUGAAGCCCAGCUCAGUGGAGGGCAGCCUGCAGAGGAAGCUCUGGGUGAGACCACUCAAACCCCUGAACCCGAAACCUGGUCUCUUCCUUUGAGUCAGAGCAGUGGGAGUGAACUGCCCGCCAGCCAGCCUCAGCCCUUUUCAGCCCAGGGAGACAUGGAAGACGACGAGCUGGUCAUAGAAGACUAUGAGAGUGACGGGAUGUAGAAACCAGCCCGCCGGGCACGCUGCCACUGGAUGGGGCCGGAUGAGUGUCCCUCCUUGGUGCUUGAACAGAGGUGAAACACUUCUCAGGUGAAUCACGGCUCGUCAGUUCUUCGCUCUUGUUUUCCAGCACAAGGAGCUGCCCCUCUCAUCCUGCAGUGAAUAGAAGAUCAAGCUUUCAAAUAAGAUCUCCAUUUUGUUCUCUAGUAUUUAUUUAGUCUUGUGAGUGGUGUUGGGAGAGGAAGUCAGUGUGUAUGAAGUGUGUUUGAACAUUAUGCCAAAUAUCAGAAAAUGUGAAGGAAUAAUUGAGAAUACAAAAACGUUAUGGGGUUGUAAAUAUGCAUUAUGAAGCAGUUUAGCAUGCAGUUGUAAGUGUAAAUAAACUUGGUGCCUAAUUCGCA